ACUAUAGUGAAGCCCCCCUGACCUGUGCCUUGUAUAAAAGGCCCAGUAAAGGUCACCCAAGCACUAUUAGGCAGUAGAUUCCGCUUGGAUUGACUCCUAUAUUUUCAAGAUGCUGAAAUCUGCAGUUAUGUCCUUGUUGUUGUCUAUGUCAGCUGAUGCACGGCCCCAGCUGCCAGCUGGAGUCUCUGCUGCACAAUGCCCCAACUAUCCUCUCUGCAAUGUCGGGCAGCAAGAUCUAUCCAUCUUUACUCCAGCACAGCAGGCUGUGAUCAGACAACACAACGCUAUUGCUCAAGCCAACCUUCCUCUCCCUGAGGUUCCUGGUCUAGCUGAACAUCAGGCUGCUGAGGCAGAGGUUCUGGCGGCUCAGGGUAUAAAUCCUGGAUCUCUUUCUCAUGCUCAGGCGGAAGCACGUGUGCUGCAGUUUGAAAAUGAGCUCAUUGUUGCAUCCGGGUUCUAGACUUGUUUGGGUUCUGGGCUUUUUUUUGGGUCCUAGGCAUGAUUUUUAAAAUUUGUGAUUGUCUAAAGAAGAUCUGAGACACUAGGCACAAAAUUACUCGAGGAUUGUACAUUUACAUGUCAAACAUACUGCUAUGCCAAAAUUCAGAUAUCUUGUAAUUUUAGACAAAAUAUAAAUUUAUUUUAGUA